GUAGCUCACGUUCUUGGGAAUAUGGUUCAAAGUCUGACCAUCGAAUAGAAGCUCCUGGCUAUAAAGCGAUCCCAACGGCUUCAACCAACAAGUAUCUGAACGACGCAGGCCCAGCUAUUCCAGACUUCGCUGUGAAUUCUCUGGAGCCCACAUACAUGCCCGAGGAGGAUCUGUAUCCUAGCAGUAUAAUCGCACGCAGCCUUACCAGCACUCCAACUACUGUGUCAGCCGCUUCUGUCUCUAACGAACCUGCGGACGAGAGCUUCGAAGCCUUCCUCAAAUGGAUGCAGUUGCGUCAGGCGCAGGGAUACCUUGACCAAGACGAGCACACCAAGGUUGCCAGAGAUGCGACUUCCACCUCCGCACAGCAAACACAAUUUACGGACGGCCCCGUUGAUGGCUCGUAUGGAAAGCCGCUCUACAUUCCCCGGGAACACUCCAGCUCUUGCCGGAGGAGAUGAGAGCGAUGGCCGUGGCGAACAAACUGAGUCAGCAGCGGAUCGUCCGAGUGAGCAAAUCAUUUGAGGGACUUGUGCCUCUCCGGAGUCCAGUACUUACUGCAAUGAUACCAAGUCCGACCCUGCCAUCUCCAACGCCUUUAGAUUGGCCCUUGCCGGCGAACAAGUAUUCUGAGGAACAAGGGUCGAAAUUGUCCGAUGGAUACUUCGGGAUGAACAAUGAAAAGAGAAUGACUCUGUCACCAGUAGAGAGACAGCUGAAAGUCCCGAUAGAAAUAUGCAUCACACGCUCACCUGAACCGUCAACAUCUGACUAUGAGCCACGCGAAAGAUCUCGCCAGCAAUCUCGCGCCGGCUCAAGGAGACGACUCAAUGGCUAUGAGAGCAAUAUCGUCGACGCAUAUGACGAUCGAAGCCUGGAUCCGUCGUCAAAUGAGAGUCUCAUUGAUGAAGCGAAGCGUUUGGCCAAUGAAUACCAUGCUUUGUUCAACGAGGACACGAAGUCUCACAGCAACCGGAAGCACAGUGCGUCUUCAAACAGCAUAAAGGAAAAGAUGAAGUUGGUACCGCAGCCGCUCUUCUUCAAUCCCAGACAGAUCUCGAGACAACGUGAGCUUGAGUACCAGAGAUCUCGUAACAAAGCAAACGUGCCUUUGGCAAGCGUGUCUCCAAUGAGAAACAGCGCGUCCCGUGAAAGGCACCAUAGCCCGAAAGGCAAAGAGCGAGCACUGAACUUCCCAUACAAGCUGUCUUUGACACCGGAGUCGACAGGCGUAAGAAGGCGCAGUACAAGCGGGAGUAUACCUAUCUCACCACCUUUCCCAGGUCAGGUAUUUGAAACAAACCAAACGAAAAACGCGCCGUCGCCAGUGAAAUGCAAGCAGAGCAUCGAUGACUCCGAUAGUUUCUCUGCCUUCUACCAACGUAUCAACGCAGAUGCCGAGCAGCUUGCUCGUGAGCACAACAAACCUGAGAGCAAGGUGACCUUCGAGAUGAACACAUUGCCCAGUAUACUCUCAAAUCCAUCCGAUGAUACAUCAAAGUCGUUUCAGGAAUCAAAUUACGCAAGAAGAAAAGCUUCAAACGAUAGUGGGAUCGGCAGCGUUGCUUUAUCAAAAGGGUCGAGAGCACCACUAAAGAUAUUGACGGACAAAGUAACCUCAGUCUUCGGCCAUCACGUGCGCAAGUCAUCGAUCACGGCGAUUGGGGGCCUGUCAAGUGUGAUUGAGAACAUCAAGCAACGUCGGCCAUCAUUCCCGAUCAUCGGUGCGCCACAGCCCAUUUCUGCAGCCGAAGCAUACAAUCCAGUAAGACUGCAAAGCACCUCAACCGGUCUAACUGUAGCGAAGAGACGGCCGAGUGUCUUUGCAGGCAUCAAGGAUCAUAGGCGAGAGAGCAAGGCAAACAAACGCAGGGAGGAUCUCAGGAGAACGAUCAAGAUGGUGCCGACUGAUGGGACACCUGUAUCUUUGACUUUGCGAAAAGGAAGUCAGUGGUUGUAGUAUAGCGGUAUGCAGUAGUGGGAAAAAGACGCAAAGAUCUUAAGAAUGAAACAAUCAUCGUUCUUCCUUUUGUGAAAGUAAUUGUGGGGUUGAUAUCCAGCAUCCGAUAUU